AUGCUGGCUCGGGGGCCGCUGCCGGGGGCGCUGCAGUUCUCUCCAGCGCCCCCACGAGGCCUCGGGCUGCAUCGCUCCUCCUGGCGGCACAGACUGUCUUCGCAAAGCCGUUCGCCCAAUCUCAGCAAGUGGUUCUCUUUGCGAGUGCGGCUAGAAGAGACUGGAGAGAUUUACCGGCUGUCCGGCUGCCACGGCGACACCACCGUGCGGGAGCUGAAGGAGGAGUUAGAUCUGAUGGCCGGGAUUCCUUUCCACUUCCAACGCAUCUUGUACCUGGAUCAAGGAAUUUUGAUGGACGAUUCCACAUUAGGGUUCCAUGAUGUUGUUCCUGGUGGAAUUCUUUCAAUGUGUAUUUGGCAUCAGGAUGGAUGGCAAGAACUUGUUUUGGCUGCAAUGGAAGGGGACGCUAGUAAGCUAUCUUGUCUAGGUGUUACUGAAGACUCUCUCUACAGAACUCCGCAUUCUACACUUUUAAGAGCAGAGAAAUAUAAGGAAUGGAUAGCUGACAGAGCUUUUAUAGCUUUGUAUGUUGCAGCACAUAAAGGCCAUACUGAAGCUGUACGUUUUCUCCUAGAAAAUGGUGCUAGUUGUUUGGCCAAAACACCAGUAGGAAGAACUGCUCUUCAUGUUGCUGCAGCCAUGGGACAUGUCAGCUGUAUAAAUCUACUUCUUGAUUAUGGUGCAGCUCUAAAUGUGAAGGACUUAAAGGGAGAAACGCCAAUCGAAAUAGCACGCCGCCUGAAGCGUAAGCAGAGCAUCCAGGCAUUCUGCAUCUAUCAGAUGAAGCUGAGAACAUCAAAACUUGGAUCUUCCCAUUCAAAUCCUCAUCGUUCAGCUCCACUGCUCUUCUCAAAAGGGCAACAUAUAAAAUCUUGA